CGAGGGCUCCUUUCGCUAGCAGUUAAAUAAAUCGGCCAAACAGCAGGCGCAAGCUACAAACCAAACCGACCCAACCAAAGCAUUCAUUGAGAAACAAUACUUAUUCACAAAAGCCCCAAACGAAAUCCAGUCAGUCAAGGCACCGGGACGCUGGGUAACUCCACUCUGUUCCUUCAGGUUGUCGACCAUGUGUCAAAGUGUGUAAGGAACCUGCCUGGAGAUGGGCACUCUGAACUGCUAAUGGGGACAUGGGACGGCAGUUACCUCUGAUCACUUGUGUGGAUUCUCCCGGUGCAGAAGGACAGGAGCCUCCAGUCACUCAUCCAGACCUACAGCUGGGACUCUGUGUGGAAGGGCCUAAAACAUCCAUCGCUGUUCUAAUUUGCAUCUGGGAGAAUGUCUGAGCAAGGAGAACUGAACCCAGCCACAGUGGAGGAAGGGCGGCCUGAGCCAGAGUCUGCCCCAGAAAAUGGCAUCAUCAAGUCCGAAAGUCUGGAUGAAGAGGAGAAGCUGGAACUACAGCGGCGACUGGCAGCUCAGAACCAAGAGAGAAGAAAAUCCAAGUCAGGAGCAGGCAAAGGGAAGCUGACCCGAAGCCUCGCUGUCUGCGAAGAGUCUUCAGCUAGACCUGGAGCGGACAGUCAUCAAGAGCAGGAAUCAAUUCAUUUACAGCUUUCCAGUUUCCCCAGCCUGCAAGAGGAGGCUAAAUCUAGGAAGGAUGAUUCUGAGAAAGAAAAAGAUAAGGAUAAAAACAGAGAUAAGCCCUCUGAGAAACCCAAGAUCAGAAUGCUAUCAAAAGACUGCAGCCAAGAGUACACGGAUUCUACAGGCAUAGACUUACAUGAGUUCCUGAUUAACACGCUGAAGAACAAUUCCAGGGACAGGAUGAUACUCUUGAAAAUGGAGCAGGAAAUGAUUGAUUUCAUUGGUGACAGCAAUAACCACUAUAAAAAGUUCCCCCAGAUGUCAUCCUACCAGAGGAUGCUGGUCCAUCGGGUGGCAGCCUACUUCGGAUUGGACCACAACGUGGAUCAAACUGGAAAAUCUGUCAUCAUAAACAAGACUAGCAGCACCAGAAUACCAGAGCAAAGGUUUUGUGAACAUUUAAAAGAUGAAAAAAGUGAAGAAUCCCAGAAGCGGUUUAUCUUGAAGCGAGAUAACUCUAGUAUUGAUAAAGAAGACAACCAGCAAAACAGAAUGCAUCCAUUUAGAGAUGACAGACGAAGUAAAUCAAUUGAAGAGAGAGAAGAGGAGUAUCAGAGAGUGAGGGAGAGAAUAUUUGCACAUGAUUCAGUUUGCUCCCAGGAAAACCUGUUUUUGGACAACAGUAGGCUCCAGGAAGACAUUCACAUAUGCAAUGAGACCUAUAAGAAAAGACAGCUCUUUCGGGGUAACAGAGACAGCUCCGGAAGAGCAUCUGGGAGCCGGCAGAGCAGCUCAGAGACUGAGCUCAGGUGGUCCGACCAGCAGCGGGCCUGGAGCAGCACAGACUCUGACAGCUCCAACCGCAAUCUGAAGCCCACCAUGACAAAGACAGCAAGUUUUGGGGGCAUCACGGUGCUGACCAGGGGCGACAGCACAUCCAGUACCCGGAGUGCUGGGAAACUGUCCAAAACAGGUUCUGAGUCUUCCAGCAGUGCAGGCUCCUCGGGAUCGCUGUCACGCACCCACCCGCCUCUGCAGAGCACAGCCCUGACCUCUAGUGUGGCAGCUGGUUCUCCAGGCUGUAUGCCCUAUGCAGAGAACGGAAUGGGGGGACAGGUCCCUCCCAGCAGCACCAGCUACAUCCUUCUUCCACUUGAAACAGCAACUGGUAUCCCACCUGGAAGCAUCCUUCUUAAUCCACACACAGGUCAACCCUUUGUGAACCCGGAUGGAACUCCUGCAAUAUACAAUCCUCCUGGAAGUCAGCAGACGCUGCGUGCCACUGUUGGUGGGCAGCCCCAACAGCCCCCACAGCAGCAGCCAUCGCCUCAGCCUCAGCAGCAGGUCCAGCCAUCACAGCCCCAGAUGGCAGGGCCGCUGGUCACUCAGUCUGUCCAGGGCCUGCAGCCAUCUUCCCAGUCUGUGCAAUAUCCAGCAGUCUCUUUUCCUGCCCAGCAUCUCCUGCCCGUGUCACCAACGCAGCAUUUCCCACUGAGAGAAGAGGUGGCUGCCCAGUUCAGCCAGCUGAGCAUGAGCCGGCAGUCCUCCGGAGACACCCCUGAACCUCCCUCCGGUACAGUCUACCCGGCCUCCCUCAUGCCACAGCCAGCUCAGCCACCAAGCUAUGUCAUCGCUUCUGCAGGCCGGCAGCUCUCCGCAGGGGGCUUCUCGGACACUGCCCCCCCCAUCUCUCAGCAGGUCCUGCAGGCCCCAGCUUCUCCCCAGGGAUUUGUGCAGCAGCCUUCGCCUGCACAGAUGCCCGUAUAUUACUACCCAUCUGGUCAGUACCCUACCUCAACCGCACAGCAGUACCGACCCCUGGCCUCUGUCCAGUACAGCACCCAGAGGAGUCAGCAAAUGCCACAGACCGCACAGCAAGCAGGUUACCAGCCAGUCUUGUCUGGCCAGCAGGGUUUCCAAGGCCUGAUGGGAGUACAGCAGUCACCUCACAGCCAGGGCGUGAUGAGCAGUCAGCAAGGUGCCCCAGUGCAGGGUGUAAUGGUCUCCUACCCAACCGUGUCUUCUUUUCAGGUGCCAAUGACCCAAGGUUCUCAAGCAGUGCCCCAGCAGACAUACCAACCGUCAAUCAUGCUGCCCAAUCAGGCAGGUCAAGGGUCACUCCCAGCCACCGGAAUGCCUGUGUACUGUAACGUCACACCGCCAACCCCUCAGAACAACCUAAGGUUGAUGGGUCCACACUGCCCUUCCAGCACAGUCCCUGUCAUGUCUGCUAGCUGCAGGACAAACUGUUCAAGCAUGAGCAACGCGAAUUGGCAGGUCAAGUUCUGAGACGUCAGGCUGCCUGCGGUCCACUUCAUUAGAUGCUAACUCAUGGUCUUCACAGGAAGAGGAGACGUGGGCAACUGGCUGAGGACUUCUAUAUCCACUCAACGCUCAAAUGAUUGCUGCUGGUAUUCUGUACAAACUAAUCAAAGACUAAUACACACAUUAGCUGGUUAAUGGUGCAUAUUUCUGUCAUGUCUGCUAGGUAUGCCUUUCUAGCUUAGCUAGUGACAUGAGUUCAUCAAGGUAAGAUUUUCUCCUACCACUGAAAUACCACUGUGUAGAUUACAAUAUCCCUGAUUCGGAUUAGUUUUGUACUUUGUGUUGAGUUUGUGAUGCUAAAAGUCUUUAAAAAUAUAUAAACUAAAUCACACUGUACCAAAGCUGUAAUGGAAAAAGAAAAGAGCUAAGGAAUGGAAAGAAUAAUUUAUAUAAACUAUAGAGUUUUCUUUUUUAAAUGGGCAUAUAUGGUAUUGUAGUGUUUAAUCAAAUAAAAGCUUGUUUGACCUUA